GCGUGUCCUCGCGCUGCAAGUCGCCGUCGAGGCGUGCGCCGCCGAAUUCGAGACGCGCGAGGACGUGAAGGAGAGAGACUCCGGCGAGACGACCGUCUCGAGCCUCGAUCGCUCGCUCCAAUUAUUUCCCCGUGGGAGCGAGACGGACUGCGAAGAAGAGAGAGAGAGAGAGAGAGAGAGAGAGAGAGAGAGGGAGAGAGAGAGAGAAAGGAAUCUACUCGCGCGAAGGACACUCGCCGCGGCAAGUCCUGCGAGUCGUUAUCGCCGCUGCCAGAAUACACCCCGCCCCCUCUCGAUCUCGCGUCUCUUAUCGCAUAAACACGCAGACGAUAGCCUCGGCCUUGUAGACGCGGAGAUGCAUUGUUUCUCAUUGUAGCGGCUGCGGGGAUGCGGAUACUCAGCCUGAACUUCUCGCUGUACGCCGCCAGCGGCAUGUGGCGGCCGAUCGAGUGGUCCUCCGUCGGCUCCACCUUGCUGUACAGCGUGUACAGCGUCUUCAUGGUAUACCUGAUGAUCUUUCUGCUGCUGACUCAGUUUCUCGACAUCGUCCUGGUGGUCGACAACGUGAAGGACUUCACCACGAACUCUUUGCUAUUCGUCUCGGUGGUGAGCGCGAUCUGCAAGAUCGUCACCGCGCUCACCGGCCGCGACCGCAUCAUCAGUCUGAUCGAGGUACUGCAACGGCCACCGUGCAAGCUCGUCGACCAGGAGGAAAUGGAUAUUCAGGCGAGGUUCGAUCGUUCGAUCAGAUCGCACUCCUUAUCUUACUUGUUUCUCGCGACGAGUUCCGCCAUCGGGGCCUUGAUGGGAGCGGUGCUCGCCAUCCUGCAAGGCCAAUUACCCCUGAGAGUGUGGGUGCCUUACGAUUACAGCUCGCCCCUCUCAUUCUGGCUCACAUCCAUUCAGCUGCUGCUGGCCGUGGUCUUCGGCACGAUCGUCAACAUCUCCACCGAGACCUUGGUGUACGGGCUCUGCUUGCAGACGUGCGCGCAACUUGAGAUCCUGACGCACCGUCUGCAGAAGGUGAUGCUCCCGGCCGAAAGCCCAGGAGCUCGCGAGAGGCCCGACGAUGUGUGGUCCAACGGGGCGAGCAGAUUGUCCAGACACAUCUGCCAUCACCUGUGUAUAAUCAGGUACGCCGAGUCGCUCAACGAGAUCUACAAUUACGUGUUCUUUACCCAGUUCUUCGCCAGUAUACUGGUGUUGUGCUCGAGUCUGUACCACUUGUCUUCUCACCUGACAUUCGAGGACGUCGCGACCAUGGUCGUUUACACGUUCUGCAUGUUCGUGCAGAUUCUCGUCUACUGCUGGGCCGGGAACGAAGUCAUGCUUAAGAGUAUAGACCUGAGCGACGCGAUAUACCAAAUGGACUGGAUACUGAUGACGAUCAGCGAGCAGAAGGAGCUGCUGAUGAUUAUGAGGCGCAGCACGAGACCUAUCAAGUUCACCAGCAGCUUCCUGGUGACGUUGUCCUUGAACUCGUACGGCAAUCUACUGAAGGCAUCCUACUCCGCAUUCAACGUUCUGCAGCAAUCUUCCGAGGUUAAGAAGAUGCAGAUGUUUUCGUUGAAUUUUCUCAUGUACAGUCUCAGCGGCAUAUGGCGGCCCAUCAGCUGGUCGUCCAACUGCGCUAAGCUGCUCUACAGCGCGUUCACGGUCUUCGCGGUAGUCCCGUUGUACUUCUUUUUGCUGACCCAAUUCAUGGAUAUAAUUCUCGUCGUCGAUAACAUAGACGAUUUCACGAAUAAUUCCCUGGUUCUGGUAGGCAUGAUUUCCGUCUGUUGCAAAGCCACGGUUAUCGUGCUUCGUCGGAAAGAAAUUAUCGGUUUGGUGGAGAUGUUGCUGACGGAGCCGUGUAAGCCUCGCGACGAAGACGAACUGGCCAUACAGGCGAGAUUCGACAAGUUCAUCCGGUCCUGCUCAAUAAUAUACAUGCUCAUGGCGAUGAGCUCUAUAGCGAGUGACAUGUUAAGAUCGGUGCUGAGCAUCACACAGGAUCAAAUACCUCACAGAGUGUGGGUGCCUUACGACUUGAAUAAAAGGUCGUUGUUUCUUAUUACAUCGAUCCAUCAGAUCGUCACUCUGUUCUUCGCCACUUUCAUGAACGUCGGCACGGAGACCUUGGUGUUUGGCUUCAUCUUGCAAACAUGCGCCCAGCUGGACAUCCUCACGAGCCGCCUCAACAAGAUCGUCGAUCGCGGAGCGGUCGGCUAUCGAAUGAAUCGGCCGCUUGCCUUGUCAAAGAACCAGCAGACGGUGAUCUCGGAACAUAUACACCACCACCUCAUAAUUUACAAGUACGCCAAGAUGGUGAACCGCGUGUUCAACCAGCUGCUGUUCGUCCAGUUUUUCGGCAGUAUAAUAGUGUUGUGCACGAGUGUGUAUUACAUAUCGAUGAACAUCACGGAACCUGAGGCUAUGGGUAUCGUAGCGUACACAAUCUGCAUGUUCGCGCAAAUCUUUAUUUAUUGCUGGGCCGGAAACGAAGUUAUCCUCAAGAGCACGAACUUGGCAGAAGUGGUCUACCACGUGGACUGGUCCCCAUUGCCGGUCAGCAAGCGCAAGGAUUUGCUGAUGAUCAUGAUGCGUAGCACGGUCCCCAUCAAGUUUACCAGCAGCUUCAUGAUAACCUUGUCGCUCCAGUCUUACGGCAACAUCUUGAAAAUGUCGUAUUCGGCAUUUAACGUGCUACAACAAUCCUAAGAUGUUCACCGAGCGAUGCGAGUCUUUUGUGUCUUGGCGACGAUAGUGAACUAAUAGUUUAGCAAUUUACAAAAAUUUGUCGGAUCGUUUUCGAUGACUUUGUCAGCUGAAAAAAUCGGCUCGAGCCUGAAAAGUGGCAGAAACUGCUGGAUGGCAGAUUUAUAUACCCUUAAAGGUUACCAUAAGUGAAAUUUCACUCCGUACGAAUUCUGUUGUAAUCUUGUUGAAAAAGAUUUAUAACCGUUGCAAACAAUAAUUUCUCUUCUCUAAUACUUAUCUGAUACUAAUACUCAAUCUAUAGUAUAAUCAAUAAUCAAUACUCAAUCUAUAAUCAUUAAUCAAUACUCAGUCUAUAAUCGGUAAUCAAUACUCAAUCUAUAUGAUCAAUAAUCAAUAAUCUAACACUCAAUAAUAAUAAAACAUUUAAUUCAGUAUCACUUUGACUUGUUUGAUUUCUAAAAUAUAAAAUAAUAUAAAAAUA